AUGGGAAACAUCAGCAGCCUUACAGCAAGAUUGGCAGUGCUUAUUGCUCUACACGCAGCGGGAGUUGGCCUCGCGUCGCCAAGUGUCCUCGUCACCAGACCUCUGUCAAGGUUCGCAAGGGAGUGGCUACCAAUGGAUAAUCAGACAAUCUACAAAUUGGACAGAGGCGAGAGCAGGAGUCUUGAACUAAACACGUCAAUGAUAUCGGACACCCAUGUCUACAUCACCAUAAGCCCCUGCUCUUCAUCUUUUCAUUGGGGGCUAUAUCAAGGAAGUGCAGGAAACCUGAAUUUACUUCAAGAAUAUGAAGGUGCAGGUAUGAAGACAUUAUCUGUUAUUAUAAGAAGACAAGAAAAAUAUAUUCUACAGUUAACAUCGACAAACGGUGGUACGAUAGUUGUCAGCGUGCGGGGAGAAUCGACGCGGCGUGUGCGUAUGCGUUUAAGAGUACGCUCCAGACGCAGACUGUCCGCCAAUUGGGACCCUAGUCCGAUAGAUCCACAGUCGACUACAUAUUGCGUCGUUGCAUCUCAUAGAAAAAACUACACGUCCCUCUGCGCUGCCCAAAGAGACGUAAGAGCCAGUCGUUUGGAAAACAAAUCAUCGCGUUUGCAUUCGGAAGAAAAUCGCUCCAAUCCAGAAAUGAAUCAACGAACGGGUCGUUUGGAGAAUAACGCGACCUAUCAGAGCGCUUCGGUCGAAGUCGAGAAUAAUGUAGAUCUGGACAUAGACGGAUUUAAUAUUUACGAAGGCAACUUUAAAAAUGUGUAUAGGAAGAAAAAGUUCGGACGAAGUACAAAAGUAAGCAGUGAAGAUCCCUUGAUUGCAUGCGUCGGCGAUAGAACGCAUCAUGUUAUAGAAAACUUGGAUCCAAGCACGACGUAUUUUGUCAGCAUAUUUGGGGUAUCUAGAGAUCGUCGCGCCGGUUCACUCUUGGCCACAGGCAGCGUCCGACCACGCACGUCUACAGCUAAAAGACUACGUGAAAAUGUGUCACUUCGAAAUGAAAUUAAGGGAAAAUCCGUGUAUUACUUCAAGGCUGCAGUCGGAAUGGGCGGUGGUAUCUGGGUGGCAAUAUCGACUUGCGGUGGUGCAAUAGACAUUGAAGUGUUGGUAAAAGGAAAGCGACUUUACAUUUCCAAGAGUGUAGAACCUCACUUGAAAUUCUUCGUACCGGCGCCACUACUAUCGUCAUCCAUGCAGGAAACAAGCGACGAGGGCUCAGUGCAGUUCGACUCGAGUUCUGAAGAAACAAAGAUGCGAUACGUCAUACGUGUAAUGCCAAGCAAAUGGAAUAGGGACGAAGCUGUAAACGUUGAGUUAACAGCAUCGACAUCAAGAUGGGGAAUAUGUAUGCCGGAGCUUACGGACGACGGUGGAAUAGUCCGAGAACUACGACCCAAGCGUUCUUGUAAAUCAGUUGAUAUCGCCUUUUUGCCCGCAACACAUAAUGCUACUGACGUGAUCAGAUACUGCAUCGUAGCAAGAGAGAGUUUGAAUAAAGACAGCGGCUGCUCAUCGACGAAGAAGGCUGCUAAGAUCCAGUGUUUAAAUCAUAUGCAAAGAUCACCCACAAGAGUUAUAUUAAAGAAGAUAACAGGGUUAAAUCCGGGACGGAAAUACGCCAUUCAAGUCACUGCGUCAAAUAAAGGAUCUUCGGUUCCUUACAAUAUUCUAUACGUCGAAACCAACGCGUCUUGUAAAAAGGAAUAA